UUGCACGACCGAAUUGACGUAUAACCUAUUAGUUAACAGACAUUGGAUAUUAAUAGUGUCCAUUAUUUUCAAUGUCUCAAUUCCUCCAAUUGAAAAACUCAACUAUCAUAUUAUCCCACCUUCUCCUGUGUGACGAAGGAGUCACGUGUUGUUUUUGCCUUGGUCUGUGGAGAUGUGUACAGAGAGGGAGAGGGGCACAGAUAGCUAGCUAGCCUGCUAGCUCGAUAGACUUGGUCGUGGAAACGGCUGAAAGCGGUUAUGUAGCAAUUGCAGAAUUUGUUUUCGUGAAGACCGGACUGGAGGUGGCAAAUAAAUAACGUUAAGAAAUAAUAUAUCGCCACGGAGUCACAAUUCCCCUGACAAGAAUGGGGUCUGCGUCCAUAAGGCUAAGGUAAAGUGACCUUUAUUUGUUUCGCUCAUGGCAAAUUUGAUGAAUUAUCAAGAAAGCAACGCCGCUAUGUUGAUGUUGGAGACACAGCAGCGCGCAAUUGGGACAAAAACAACGACAGCGACAGCCAACGGCGACACCUCUGCCGGGGAACCCCCCUCGCCUUUAAUUAAAAUCGGCGGCGCUCGGGUCCACCAACACUUGCCGCCCCCUUAUCAUCACGCUCUGCAGUCGAAGGAACAUCAGCAGCAACACCACUGCCGGGCGCAGCAUUUUCCGGAGGAUAAUAUCCAGGAAACGCCGGUGAGAAAAAUUCCCUCCUCUUGCAUUAACGUUAUACACCAAAACGCUGCUGCUAGUCAAGCACUUGCUGCCUCAUCAACCGCUACCACUACGUUAGCAGCCACUGCUAGCGCUAGUACCGACGUGGUGGAUGACAUACGUAAAUGUGGCUACCUUAGGAAACAGAAACACGGUCACAAAAGGUUUUUCGUGUUGAGAGGGCCAAGUCAUCUGGGCCCCAGUCGAUUGGAAUACUAUGACAGCGAGAAGAAAUUUCGAAAUACCCUCCGUUCUGCUGCUGCUACUGCUGCUGCUACCACUACUUCUCCCAAGCGGGUAAUUUAUCUUUACCAGUGCUUCACUGUAAACAAAAGGGCGGAUUCUAAGAACAAAUACCUCAUUGCCCUGUACACUAAAGAUGAGUACUUUGCCAUUGUGGCUGAGAAUGAGCAGGAGCAGGAUGACUGGUACCUGGCUGUGAGUGACCUGAUGAACGAGGGUAAGAAAAGCCACCUGGAUGCAGACGAGGUGGAUGAUGGCUACGGGACUGUCACUCCUGGCACUGUUUUCAAAGAGGUGUGGCAGGUGAACGUGAAGCCUAAAGGGUUGGGACAGACUAAGAAUCUGACAGGUGUUUACCGACUGUGCCUGUCUACCAAGACCAUCCACUUGGUGAAAUUGAACUCCGAAACCCCCUGUGUGAAUCUCCAGCUGAUGAACAUUCGGCGCUGUGGUCACUCUGAGAGCUUCUUCUUCAUCGAAGUAGGCCGCUCCUCAUCCAUUGGACCCGGAGAGAUCUGGAUGCAAGUGGAUGACUCGGUAGUGGCCCAGAACAUGCACGAGACAAUCUUGGAGACCAUGAAAGCACUGAAAGCCUUUACUGAGUUUAGGCCGAGAAGCAAAAGCCAGUCGUCGGGGUCAAACCCCAUGGCUUUCAUCACCACCCGUCGCCACCUGGGCAAUCUCCCGCCCAGCCAAACAGGGCUACAACGGCGAUCCAGAACAGAGAGCAUUGUGGGCACACCGCCCACUAGCAAGAGCAGCGGCAUGAGUGGUUAUCGCUUCCGCACGUCGAGUGAAGGCGAGGGCACGAUGAAUAGGCCGUUUCGUUCAGUGACGGGUAGUUUGGUUCACCUCAGCGCGGCUCGCAUCAACUUAGGCCGACAAGAGGGAGGUGGCCGCUAUGUGCGGGCUUUGCCCGGCUCCACAUACCACACACGCUCUGCCUCACUCCCUGUCUCUCACUUCCCCUCCACCACCAGCCCAGUCAGUGUUUCCAGCAGCAGUGGCCAUGGAUCAGCGUCUGACACGCUGACGCGGCCCUCCAGUGCCUCUAUCUGUGGCUCCCCCAGCGAUGGUGGCUUUAACUCUUCUGAUGAGUAUGGCUCCAGCCCUGGUGACUUCCGAUAUUUCCGGGUGAGGAGCAACACUCCUGACUCCCUGGGUAACACGCCGCCCAUCCGUGAAGAGAACUGCCUGAACGACUACAUGGCUAUGGGCAGAUAUCGUGAGGUAACGAUCGGCGGGGCUGAGACGCUGCAGGACGAAAGUGCGGAUGAAGAAAAGGCCAUCCGCAAAAGAACGCACUCCUUCUCCAGGCCAACAGGUGGCAGUAACGGAGUCACCAUGUACCAGAAGAUGACGCAGACCACCUCCUCGCUGGACGAGUCCUUGCCAGAGGCCAGCCCUCUGGGCAGCAAGGAACACCUGACCUGCCAAGUCAAGCCCCCUUCACCCCAUGCUGAUGAGCACAGGAAGCCCUCCAAGGACGACGGCUACAUGCCCAUGAUGCCCGGUGUGGUGCCGUCUCGUGAUGGAGAUUACAUGCCUAUGCAACCCAGUGCACACCUCACUGCAUCUCAGCAAGGCCAGGGUGCUGCAACACAACAAGUGGAUUCCCAGGGUUACAUGAUGAUGCUCCCUGGCGGUGGCUCCUCUCCGCAGCGGGCUAGCCCUCGGCAUAGUGGUGACCACAGACAGAAUGGUGAGUACAUGGACAUGUCCCAAAGCUGUGGCACUGCCCUUCAAAAGCCCACGAAUGAAGCUUAUUAUCUACAGACGACACCUGAAACCCCCAAGUCUUACAGCCCUUACUUCUCACUCCCGCGGUCUUACAAAGCCCCCCUCCGAGAGAACCGCGAGCACAACGAGUACGUGCCCAUGAGUUCCCCAGUUAAGCCUGCCUACACCUCCACCGAAUGCAGCAGGAAUCCUGUCAGUAACCCCCCAGCCCAUCUGGGCCUGUCCGACGGAUGUGGCGAGCUGCAGCACGUGGACAGGCUAGCAGUGCGGCCCACUCGGCUUCCCUUGGGUCGACACAGCUUCCACAGCUCCCCCACGGUGAGUGAAGCAGCGGAGCCCGCGUCCAGCCCGGGUGAAUACAUCAACAUUGAGUUUGGGGACCGACACGUGUACACGCCCUGCUCCCUGUCGGCUGAGGGCUCCCCCUCUUCGCUGGGCUCCAGCAGCGAGCACCGCCGCUCCCCUCUGCAUGAUGAUUAUAUGGGCAUGGAUUUGGACAAAGGUCACCCGCCGAAGGGUCACUCCCCACGGCCCUCACUCGUUGCUCCAUGGAACCCCCCUAGCUACAUCCGGCCCUUGGCAUCAGCCUCCUCCCUGGGUGGACGGAUGGACACAGAAAUGAGCUUUGGCCUUGGGGCAGAGGUCAAAAGCCCAACAGCGAUGCUGCAGCACCUGUGUGUCAUGGAGCAGCACUACCCCUCCCAACCCCCUCCCAGCCCCCCCGUGGAACCGCGGGUGAUCCGGGCCGACCCCCAGGGCAGACGGAGACACAGCUCCGAGACCUUCUCCUCCUCCCCUCCCGGCAGUGGCAACCCUGCGACACCCACUAGCCCCCACCUGGUGGAUGGCACCAAGUGGCAGAGCUCGACCUCCUUUGACAGCGUCUGGCUGCACAUGGAUGGCGCUGCCUCCCCCGGCGCUGCAGCUGUGCCUCUCCCCACCGAUGCAGGUUGCAGUGCUUCCGGGCAGACGUGCCGGAACGGCUCCGCUGGCCACCAGAACGGCCUGAACUACAUCGCUCUCGACUUGAGGGAGGACCCCCGUGCCGUCGACCCUUCGUGCCCAUCUCCUCUCCCCCACCCAGAGAACGGGGCCUACGCCAGCAUAGACUUCGUCAAAUCGGACGGACUGACCGCUGCCUCACAAGAGUGCUGUUGGAAGGACUCCAAGAUCAGAUGGCUUUGGUGGUUGGCAGCUUUGUGAUGACUGAAGCUGGAGUAUCCUGAGACAGGGGUGCACGCCAGAUUGACAACACUCAGCGGUGGGGCCACAGUGACGUUCACCACACCCCCACCCCGCCGCAGACGGGCCCGAGUAUCACCCCCCUCAGAAACGACACUACUACGCUUUUAUUUUGUAUCUUUUUACAAGCAGCAGGUUGGAGCUGCAUUAAUUGUACGGAUGGUACUUUUUUAAAAGUGAUUCUUUGAUUAGAGCUUCUGUGUGGCCUAGCUAAGGCUGUUUUUUUAUUAAUUUGUAUGAUUUUUCCUAACCAGCCCAAAGGGGAGGUCAACACUGAACUGAAACACGAGGCUGGCCGGGGCGGGUCUACGAGCUGCAGUUUACGAGCAUUAUUUUCACAACUGACAUUUUCAUAUUUAUUGCCACUUAGGUUUCAGGUACAUAAAUUAAUUUUGUGUUUGUAUUACUCAGAAGUACGGUACUGAUUAUUAUGGUUGAUAUUGAUAUAUUAAUUUCCGGGGUACGGAGUUUUCUGUAGGGCAGUUCCGGUACGCACACACACACACACACACACAUACGCACACACACACACACAUACGCACACACCUGCUUAUUUGCAGGCAGCACUGACUCCCACUCCCACUACCAUUAUCACUACAGUUCCAGGCUGGCAGGAGAUGACAUGAAGGAGUUGCAGUAACCCAACGCCAGGCCCCAGGUGCAGCGUACUGCGCAUUCCUGGCCUGUCACGCAGGCAGAGCCGGGCUGUGGCGGUGGCCUUCCUUCCCCUCGCUUACGCACACCACGCUCCCCCCCCCCCCCCCUCCGUCAAGUGUACGCUUGACAAAUGAGGGAGGGUCUAUUCUUGGACUUCAAACUUACCCAAAUCAUCCAAAUGAAGUCUGCACGGCACAUCCAUAGUGAACCAGGGCUGGCCAGCAAGCAAAUAAAAAAAAUUCAAUAAAUAAAAAGUGCAUGUAAAGUAAAAGUGUAAAAUAAGUUUACAUUUUGACUGUAAGCCUCAAGGAAAAUUUGGUAUGCUCAUAAAGAAACCAUGCCUGCAACUUUUUCAUUUUCAUUUAUUUGGUGAAUCACUAUCAAUAUCUUUUGAAACCUUAAAUUUUUCUAUGUUUUGACGCAUUUUUAAUCUAUUACUUUGCAGGCACAUCAUUUAGUGUUUUCAGUAUUAUAGUUGAUAUUUUUUUCAAUUUGGUCAAGUAAUUUUUGACCUGAGAAAUAUAUUUAACUAAGAGAAAUGAGAAUCCACCUGAAUCGGUUCCUUUAAUUUGAAAUUUGUAAGAAUAUGGGAAGAAAUUCCAAGAACAUAAUUUGUUUUAUAUCUGUAUUAUGGCUUUAAGGUAUUAUUUGUGGUCAUUACAGGGGAAAUUUUGUGAUUCUGAAGUGACUUAAAUCAGAGUAUAUUUUCCUCCUGAAUCUAGAAUUCCUCCUCCCUAUUUGGCCAGAAUAACCCCAAACAAAUGUGACUCUCCCUUGGUCACCAGCACUAAAGAAUAUACAGUAUGCAGUUGAUUUUCAUUUGAAUAUUGUACUACUGGUUAUAAAAGAUGUAUUAAUUAGACAUGGCAGGGCCAUCUCUUCAUGCAUUUCAUUUGUAUUAGUGGAUGUAAUUAUUAUUAUUAUUAUUAUUAUUAUUAUUAUUAUUAUUAUUAUUAUUAUUUUGUUAAUGGUAAAAAUUUGGCCUCUGAAAAAUACCAGCACUCUUAAAAAAGAAAAAAAAAAGUAUUUAACAUUGACCUGUGAAAAAAGCUGACCAAGUAACUGGGAUGUGCUCAGUUGGGUAUCACACCAUUACUUCUGUUACUAGAGUACCUGAAAAGGCAAAUCACCCAUGGGCCCUCGUCGAUGUGCUUAUUUCAAAACCCAUACAGUUUACUUCAAGUCCGAUACCAUUACAUUUGUUCACACAAAGUUCAUUUCACGUCAGGUCACUGAGCAAGUUUUUUUAAAAACUAUUCAAAGUAGAAAAAGAUGUGGGGAGUGGACGGAAACUUAUUUCUGAUGACUGCUGUGCAAAAGCAGUUGGGUUUUUCAGUGUUUUAUACAAAGGGUGCCAUGCUUUUAUUUUCUCUUCUGUAUAAGGCUGAAAGUGGUGCUGUUCAUGCAGCGUGUCCGGACGGUACUGUUGUGCAUUUUGCUGUGUAGUCUUUGUCCGUCUUUUUAUAGUUAACAUGCCGUAGAGACCUUUGCCAGAGGGAGACGCUACUUUUUUAUCAUUGCUUGAAUACAGGGGUUUUGCCCGCAUGGUACACUACCUGACUUACGAUUUCUCUUUUAAAAAAAAUCAAGUUCAUUCUAAUUUGACAGAACCAAAUGUGAACAAAUUACAAAGUUUUACGCUUGUAAGAAUAUUUAUUUUUGUGGUUCACCGUGCUUGUUCACUUUUGUAUUGACGAUGAUAAUAAUUUGGUACUGGAAGUGGAGUGUUUAGACAAAUAGUUUACCGUGAACAUCAUCCCCCUCGUGUUAAUAUCUUUAUACUGCAUCACAAACCAAGGUGAUGGGAACAGCAAAAACGAAAAGCAGUAGUGAUUUCCUUUGAGCAAUAACAAAUUUGAAACAGCUGGCCCAUUUCUUUUGUCAUAGUUAACAUUUUUUAUUUUCUGAAAAGAAAAAAAAGAACAAUGCUGAGUGUUUUGACAAAGAAAUGGAAAUAAAGCCUAAAUAAAUUGUUUAUUGGAUAUUGCUAUGGUUUUUCGUACAACUUUGUGAUUGCAUACGAAGCACACAGUUGCGAAGUGAUUUACUGUACAUUGGAGAUCGGCUCCAAAGUUUAUUUGGGGGAUGAAGAGUUCAUGAUAAGUUUAAUCGGUUUUCUUUUUUAGUGACAUUCUGCCUUGGCAGUUUGUUUGAAUUUCCAACAUACUGUCACAGUUUAUUGACUUUGUCAUGAAUAUUUUCAAGUAAUACCCCCAUCUAAUGAAUGGUAAGUAAAUAGCCUAAUUAUAACCUCUUAAUAUCUGCAGAUGCUUACUGGUACUGCAUAAAUAUGCAACUUAUUUUUAUUUUGUAACUAGUUUACAGAGCGGAAAUCUUAGUUUGGUAUUGUGUUGGAUUGGUGUAACUAUUGAAUAUUGGGCCAUUUCAAAUGGAAAAUGAGGGGGCGGGCACCAUGAUUUCUCUGAAACAAUGUAGACAUUUUGGAGUUUUAUAAACAUCCGCCUACUGUUUUGUAACUAUUACACUUUAUUUGCUGCUGUGUAGUACAACGGAAAUUUGAUGCUGAUAAUGGCUAUGACAAUGAUGAGAUGUCACUGCCACGCUACCUGUGAUUGACUUCAUAAAUGAAUGCUGUUGUUUGAGGGGUUUUUUUAAGAACCGUGGAGGUAUAUCCCCUGUAUGUGCAUUAUUACUUCAGCGUACGUCGGAAGAACAGAUAAAAAUGAAAAUUGCAAUUCACACUGUACUUGGCUGCGUCUUCCACUGUAAAUACUGUUGCAUUGUUUUUCUUGUUAAUUGCGCCCUGCGGCGUUUCCUUUUGUUUGAGUUUUUUUCUGGAGGGAACGGGGGUUAUUCUGUAGCCGAGGAAUUUGAGCGUUGUAUAGUGUUUAUAUUUAUCUGAUGUUUUUUUUUUUUGUUUUUUGUUUUUUUGCUUUCAAUAGAGCUAUUGCAAUAAAAUGUGUUAAUGUA